GUGAGGAGGAGGUGGUGUGAGGCAACCAUGGCGGGAGGAAUCAAAGUGGCGGUCUCGCCGGCAGUUGGUCCUUGGCCCUGGGGCUGGGAGACCGGGAGUUGUAGGGCGGUGCGACUGCUCUUGGUCCUCUCCGGCUGCUUGGUCUGUGGCUCAGCUGGAAUUGAUGUAAAUGUGGUCAUGCUUCAGGAAUCUCAAGCUUAUGAUAUGAAGACCAGCCAACAAUUCUGUUAUAAAAAUGUGCUUAUCCCAAUGUGGCAUGAUAUAUGGACACGGAUACAGAUCCGGGUAAAUAGUUCCAAAUUGGUUCGAGUCACCCAGGUGGACAAUGAGGAAAAACUAAAGGAACUAGAGCAGUUUAGUAUCUGGAACUUUUUUUCCUCUUUUUUAAAAGAGAAAUUGAAUGACACGUAUGUUAACGUGGGUCUAUACAGCACAAAAACCUGCCUCAAAGUUGAGAUAAUAGAGAAGGACACCAAGUACAGUGUCAUUGUGACCCGGAGAUUUGACCCCAAACUCUUCCUCGUUUUCCUCCUUGGACUUAUGCUAUUUUUUUGUGGAGACUUGCUGAGCAGGAGUCAAAUUUUCUACUAUUCUACUGGGAUGAGUGUGGGAAUUGUGGCCUCUCUAUUAAUCAUAAUUUUUAUACUAUCCAAGUUUAUGCCCAAGAAAAGUCCCAUUUACGUCAUCCUGGUGGGAGGCUGGUCCUUUUCUCUGUACCUCAUUCAGCUAGUUUUUAAGAAUUUACAAGAGAUCUGGAGGUUUUACUGGCAAUAUCUUUUAAGCUACAUCCUCACAGUUGGAUUCAUGAGUUUUGCAGUGUGUUACAAGUAUGGGCCCUUGGAGAAUGAACGAAGUAUUAAUCUGCUGACCUGGACCUUGCAGCUGAUAGGCCUGGGUUUCAUGUAUUCUGGCAUCCAGAUACCUCACAUUGCCCUUGCUCUUAUCAUCAUUGCACUGUGUACUAAGAACCUGGAGUACCCUAUUCAGUGGCUGUACAUCACCUGCAGAAAGAUGUGUAAGGCAACAGAAAAGCCUGUCCCCCCUCGUCUCCUGACAGAAGAAGAAUAUCGGAUACAAGGAGAGGUGGAGACCCGAAAGGCUUUAGCGGAGCUCCGAGAAUUUUGUAACAGUCCAGACUGUUCUCCUUGGAAGACUGUUUCUCGAAUCCAGUCUCCAAAAAGAUUUGCUGACUUUAUGGAAGGCUCUUUCCACCUUACACCAAAUGAAGUUUCUGUCCAUGAGCAGGAGUAUGGAUUAGGGAGCAUUAUUGCCCAAGAUGAGGAAAUGUCCUCUGAGGAAGAGGAGGACUCAGGUUCUCAGUGCUCCACUAACACACAAAACAACUUCCUGACCUAGAUGGUGGUCAGUAUUUUCAGUGCCUCAGUGGUCCAUGUUGCAAGUGUUGUGCAAUUCUUCCAGGCUUUUGAGCAGGCUAAAGAUUGCACAGAAAUUCUUCCACUGAAAUGAGAGGCCUGAAGUAGGUCUCCCUCUUGGAAUGGUCUUGGUGUUCUCCAUGGGAUCCCUAAAUAAGGAGAUUGCCGUGGUAGUUUGCUUCCCUCUUUUUAAGCUAUCAGCCCACUUUUCUGUUCCUAAAGAAAUUAGAUGGCCACAGCCAACACAGCAUUCUAGCUCCUCUCUGAAAGCUGAUUCAGUCAUGGCACUUCUUUCACUGUGGCUGGCCCUCCAAAGUGAGAGUUGUUACAAGUGCAAUCAUGGUUCCAGACUAUAGACUGUGUCGGCUGGAGAGAAAUGUACAAAUACGAGCCUCUUUCACUUCUGCUUUUGUUUCAGUGGCUGUAGGAUAAUCUUAGAUUGAAUUGUUUUGAAAGGAAAUGAAUUUUUGUCUGCCUUGUUUUUUAAACAAAUAUAUUUUAAAAAAUGUAACAAACUCAUGUUCCAGAACUAGCAAAUGGUCCAGAGUGACAAGCCCUAUUGGCCCUAGAUAUUUACAAGUAUGGAGAUACUGUGUUGAGCUUUAAAUUGUUUCUCAUACGUAUGAUAUUCCGAGUCCUGCUUGCUUUUAGAAACAUGCCCAAAAGGCUCUUCUGUAGGUGGGAUCUCUUGGGCUUUUUAUUAUAUCCAACAUUUAAUUCCAUUUUAAAAUACAUUUGCAUUUUUCUCUUCCCUUUGCUCUUUGCCCCUCUUUUUCCAUUCAGGAAGGGAAGGGUCUGUUCUUUAACUGUGGAGUAUGUAUAAUUUAUUUAGAGUUUGUCUCAUUUCUUCUUUUUCUUUUGAGACAGGGUCUUGCUGUGUAUCCUAGGGUAGCUUCAAACUCACCUUUUGCCUCAGCCUUCGAAGUGCUGUGAUUACAGGCAUGGGCCAUCAUGCUCAGCUUGUCUCAUUUUUUUACCUCCCUUCUUAGUUUUUAGUUUCUAGUAUUAUUCCCGGUAGCAAGGAGACAUGAUGUUGUU